AUGCUGAUCACACCCAGAACGUAUUCAGCUUCGCAAACCCCAGAUCGAGCGGUAGCCGACUCCCGCACCGAAGGCGCGUCCCGCUUCUACACGCUCGCUGGGUGGCGCCAGAGCCUCGUGAACGCAAAUCCGGCUCCAGAGAUGCUGUUAACUUAUCAAACGGGCAGCGUGCGCGUUGGAGAGGUUGUCAGAUACACGUUGACCUACACGCCAGCUGCCGAUCCCAUCCUCCCUCUCCCUGCGCAACUGUAUGUUAGGGUAAAAAAUGCCUCGGCCAUUCCACUACGAGCCGCCUAUCUCCAUGGCCCGUACACCCUCUACGCAUCCUGCUAUCCAUCUACAUUUGACCCCAACAGCAAGUAUAACGAACAAGAAACAGAUGGUUUGCCCCAAUUCGAACCGUAUUUGAAAGCCGGUGGAAACUGGGAUGCGACUAUUAAGUUGCCGACCCCUUUCGGAGGCUCUCACAACCUCGCGGCGGGUCAUCUGGGGCCCGAUGGUCCCUCGACGGUAACUUGGGUGAUUGAGAUUGUGUCUCAGGUGAUAUUCUCUAACAGUGCGGCGGUCCAUUUUGAAAUGCUGGUUGCCCGUGACGCCAAAUCUUUGGAGUUCUUUUCGGCCGGUGGGCCGUCAGCGGCUGGAAUGGGGCCUCCUGGGAAGUUACAGGAUCACUGGCUGCCAGGGACCAAGGGUUUACAGGUCGUGGCCACCACAGGUGUAUUUUCGAAGUCUAUCACACUACGCGUGGAUGACACCACUAGUCUAUGGAACAGCCCACCAUUGCCGUCAAAAACCAAUCCGGUUGAGACUGGCUCUGGGAUUGGAACCCACAACCUUGAGCCAGAAGAGCCGGGCAAUAUGACCGAGAGUUCUGAUAUCCUGCCAAAGAAGCGAAUACACUUGGUUGUGGUGACCCAUGGCUUGCAUAGUAAUCUGGGUGCGGACAUGCUCUAUCUCAAGGAAAGCAUCGACGCGGCUACGAACAAGGUCAAGAAGAGAAAAGACCAAGAGAAUACCGAGGCGGAUGACGAGGAGAUCGUUGUCCGAGGAUUUGCAGGCAAUGCAGUUCGCACCGAACGUGGUAUUCAGUAUCUUGGGAAACGCUUGGCCAAGUAUAUCUUGUUGAUGACAUAUCCCGACCAACCCUACUUCCCUCUGAAGGGCCCCAAGUCCAAAACAUUUCCUCGCCCUUUCAGUUCACGGAAGGAUGAGGCUAAUUUCUCGGAUCCUCAUGCUUCUGUGGACCAAGAUGGAUUUGCUGCUGGGGCUGACCAUGCAUACCAAAUCACCGGCAUUAGUUUCAUCGGACACUCUCUUGGUGGUCUGAUUCAAACCUAUGCUAUCGCAUAUAUUCACAAACACUCACCCCAUUUCUUCGAGCAGAUUAGACCGGUCAAUUUCAUUGCCCUCGCAACCCCCUUUCUGGGACUUAGCAACGAGAACCCCAUGUACGUCCGUUUUGCCCUUGAUUUGGGUCUGGUCGGUCGAACAGGACAAGAUCUUGGGUUAAGCUGGACGGCACCGAAGGUACGAAGCGGCUGGGGCGCUAUCAUUGGUGGGCGAGGUGACGCGGCCAAAGAUCAAAGCAAUCCCGAUCCAGGGUCCAAGCCACUUCUGCGAAUCUUGCCUUGUGGGCCCGCUCACGAGGCCUUGCAGAAGUUUCAGCAUCGUACUGUUUAUUCGAAUGUGGUGAACGAUGGAAUUGUUCCCUUGCGGACAUCUUGUUUGCUCUUCCUGGACUGGAGAGGCCUUGAUCGAGUGGAGAAGGCGAGAAGAGAUAACGGUAUUGUUGGAACCAUGGCCGAAUGGGGCUGGGCAGAGUUGACUGGAGCCAAUUCUAAGUCCCCCCAGAUUGCUCGUCCCGGUGAACUACCAGGACUGGCCGAGGGUAGUUCUUCGUUGGACGAGCACGAAGCCCUGGCUCUGGAAGACCCAUCCCCUCCCACCUCGGGUCAGUUCAUUGCGUCGAAGAGACAUUCAUCGCAUCACAGCCAAGUGGCAGAUGUCGGACCGAAGGAGAACGUUGCUGGAAAUGCCUCAUCUGGUCCUCUUAGCACUUUUCUCUCCUUGUUCCGCACAAAAGAGACCAAGCCUCCUCCGCGCCCGAAACAUACCAAAAUCUACAGGCGCAGCCAGACUCUCGCGUCCUUUGAUGCUAACGAGAGUCCUGCUCCUUUAGUCCGGGGAAAUUCCUUGUAUGAGGAUGAAGAAGGAUUGCAUACGCCCCCCAAGACGACCUUUUUUGAGUCCGCAGGCGACCUACUGAUGCCACCUUUACCGCCCACCGACUUCAUUCUGGACCCUUCAGCCCGCCCACGGACCAUUUUUCAUGAUCGAAUCUAUCACUCGGACGACAUCCCACCCCCAUUACCCGUGAAACGACGAACCAUAGCGUUCAGUUCUUUGCAGAAUAAGAGCUCGAAAGCGGCACCCGCGGCCACCCAAGUCCCCUCCAACGUCUCGGCCAACCUUGGGGAAAGUGGAUUGAAGGUCGAAGAAAAGAUUGCCCGUGCCUAUCACCGCGAUUUGACCUGGCGCAAGGUCCUUGUGCGCCUCGAGCCCGACGCCCAUAAUAAUAUUAUUGUACGACGCAUGUUCACCAAUGCCUACGGAUGGCCUGUCGUGAAACACUUGGUCGAUACGCACUUUGGACAUACCGAGGCUGUGGAGACAGACGAUACGUUGCAACAAACGGUGGAGCGGGCCAAGUCGCCUGGUGUUGGGCCAACUAGCUCCGGCGACGAAGUUGAAGGCCAAAAUGACGACUCCAAUGGGGAUCCAGUACAGACCCCUCGUUUGGGACCGAAUCAUUUCCACGAUUGUCCGGGACCUUCUCGACCCUUCGCACAUUUCUCAAUGCAUGAAAGAGCAGAAACAUUCCCGGCUGAGCACGAAUCCCACAAAACGAGCAGCACCAAUGGACAAUCUCACUAUGCCGAGGUUUCUCGACAAGAUUCAGCGCGAUGGACGGAUCGCCAGGUAGAUGAAGAUGAUAAUUGUGAAUCCGGGCUGGACGAGAAAGACGACGCUGGCUUUCGUUGGUCCCCCACGCUGCGGCCAUGA